UUCACUCCGCACCUACCGAACACACCGGAAAGAUCCAAACCCAAAAUAAACAACGAAACUCGCACAAAAAAGGGAAAAAGAAUGCGCCACCGUGGCCCACCGCCGUGACCUCGCCGCCGGCGAGGCCUCCCCUGCCCAUGGACUCCGCCGGCGUCAUCCUCUCCAUCCUCAGCAAGCUGCAGUCUCUCGGCUUCUGCGCCCAUCUCCGGAUCGGCGACGCCGCGGCCUCCGGCCCCCCCUCGGACCUGUUCGACACCGUCCUCGCCGCGUUCCUCCGCGAGGUCUACCCGGGCGGCCGCGAGGUGCGCCCUCUCCCGGCGAAGCUCGGCGACGGGAGCCGCGUCGACCUGCUCCGCCUCUUCUCCGCCAUCCGCGCCGCCGGCGGCUACGCCGCGACGUCGUCGUCCCCCGCCGUCUGGGCCUCCGCCGCCGAGUCCGUUUGCCUCGACGCCACCCUCGCCGCGCCCGUCAAGCUAAUCUACCACAAGUACCUCGCCGCCCUGGACCGCUGGAUCCAGAGGCUCGUGGAGGCGCAUGGACCCUUCCUGGAUGGCAACGACGGGAGGAAGAAGCCAGAGCCAUUCUUCGAUUCCAAUGGAAGGGAGAAUGAAGAACCACUCUUGGAAUGCAAUGGGGGAGAUCUGCAGCAUCCAAUCUUGAAGAGGAAGAGGGAGGACAUGGUUGGGAUGUUGGAUUGGGUCAGGGAGCUUGCCGAGAAUGGCGGUGAGGCAGGCACCAUGGCUGCCGGCUCGGCGAAUGGGUACUACUCGUUGGCGUUGGCAGCGAGGAAGGCGGUGUUCGCGAAGAGGGCUCGCCGCUCGAGCAUGACGAUGAAUGGUGCACUCAUGCAGGAAAUAUUUCCAAUGGAUUGCAAGUGCUGCAUGAGUUCCAGCACUACUGGAAUUGACACACAAGAAAAAUGCAGUAAAAAGAUUCAACUUGUCAUUCCACAGGCUGGUUCAGAUAUUAAUGAAUUGAUAAAUGUUGUAGAAAACAUAAAUGUGCCUUCAAUUGGAAUGGAGCAAGAGAACAACAUUAUUGGACAAGCGAAAUAUGAGAGUAGGAAACAUCAUAACUCUGACAACUGGCUUUUUACGAGUCAGCAGAGGAACAAAAUACCAGUGGGCUCUGAGUUCCAAGCACAAGUACCACAAUGGACUGGUGAGUUGCCUGUAAGCUAUGAUAAUGCAGAAACCAGGAAAUGGUUGGGCACAAAGGUCUGGCCUCUGGAAAAUGGUAACAGGAAAUUAUCAUAUUUUUGUAACCCUGUUGGAAAAGGUAGAGAAGGUGUUUGUGGCUGCAACCUUCCAGGAUCUGUAGAAUGUGUUAGGUUUCAUGUUGCAGAAAGGAGACUUCAGCUGCGACGUGAACUUGAUUCAGCUUUCUAUGCAUGGGGAUUUGAUCGUAUGGGAGAGGAAAUCGCACUUUCCUGGACAGAUAAAGAGGAAGCAAAUUUCAAGGCUUGCGUGCAGCUUAAUGCCCCAUCUUCAGGAAGGAAUUUCUGGAAGCGUCUCCAUAUGCUUUUUCAGUCAAAGGGUAGGAAAGAACUUGUGAGCUACUAUUUUAAUUGUUUUCUACUUAGACGGAGGUGUUAUCAGAAUAGGAUGACUCCAAAUAACAUAGAUAGUGAUGAUGAGGAUGAGACAGAAUUUGGAUUCUUGGGUAACCGCCUUGGUCAUAAUGCAACUAAGUAUGACAGUUCCAAGUAUACCCUUUGCAUCGAAAGUACACACUGCAUGGAUCUCAACCAAUAGUUUCUGAUCAGCAUUAAUGAAGAUGAUUGAAGUUUAGUAGUUCACUUCUCUUGCUGUUGAGUGUCUUGGAUAAGGUUUAAAUAGGCGGAUUGGAGUUUUGGUGUUUAACUUCUCUCAUUGCCAAUGGUUUCUGCGCGAUAUAAAGAAGCUUACUGAAAUUUGGCAAUUAAUUUCUUCCAUUGCCAAUGGUUUCUGAUCAGAUAUAGAGAAGCCGAUUGAGUUUGAUAAUACACUUCUCUCUUUGCGAAAAGUUUCUGAUCAGAUGAAUGCUUUCAUCCACUGAUUUCUUAUGCAGACGGAAAUGUAAAUGCUUAAGUGCAAGCCAAUCAUUUGAACAAGUUGCUUACCGCUGCGGAAGAUUUGACCGAAGCUUGCGAUUGAAGUUGGGAGGCAAGUUUUGAUAGAGUGUAGUGGCACUGAUAUGUGAACAAUCACAUGGAUUCAUUAUAUCCACAAGGUGAAAAAGAGAACAGCGGUAGCAUUUUUACCGAUGCUUCCUUGAAGGUAUCACAUGUACCAUUUUCUAGUUUUAUCCUUUGUGUAAAGUAGUUUUGCAUACAUUGCACAGUAGUAUGAUUAACUGUUCCUUGCUCUA